AUGGCGACAGAGCUGAACCUGAAACCAACAGUGAUUAGGAGGUGUACACCCUUAAACAAGCCCCAUCCAGACGGACUGUGCGGACGGAACUUGGACUCAGUCCUCAGUCUUUUCUGUGUGAACGGCUAUAACCAAAGUCCAUCAAUGUUUAGGAAACGACGUUCAAUAGAAGACAUAAGGUCGGUGUUGUUGCCCCGUUCUGAUGCAAACUCGUACCUGGGAAUGGAGCGACGUUCUGGCUACUACUGGCAAGGCAUUGUCUGUGAGUGCUGUUACCACCAGUGCGAGCUGUCAGAGCUCAACAGCUAUUGUAAUCCCGGACCAGUUCAGGAUUUUGCCGGAUUGUUUAAAUGA